AUGCCCCGGUCCCGGCUCCGCUUCCCAGCUGUGCUGUGCCUGUGUUUGUGCGCCAAGCAAGGAACUGCCCGGUCAACUGGACAGCCUGGGUUACCUCGCCUUCCACGACGGCAAUUCAACUCAAUCUCCUCCGCUGGGCGCGCGCGCAUCCAGCAACAUCACCCCCGUCAUCGUCAUCGUCGUCGUUGCCGUCAACGACAGCCUCCUGCUCCUGCUCCCCGCCCGGCCGCCGUCGUCCCACCGGCGCCGUCUCAGCCGUGCUCUCUCCACUCCGGCAGUGCGCUGCUCUGUCUCUCAGUCUCUCUCUUGCACUUGUUGCCAUUUGCUCGCGCCGCCGCUCCACCCUCCGUCCCAUCCCAAGCCGUCCGUCCAUCCACUCACUCCAUCCAUCGGGCCCCCCUCCCCAGUGUAUCGCAGCUCAUCAGUCUCCGUCAGGCCCGAAACCUUGUUGAGCAAUUUGGGGCCCCGAUUCGCCCGCCGCGACGCCGCGGUGGGCUGUUUGUCCAGCUCGUGCGGUGUCGCUACGUAACAACGGCGCCCGCGUGCUAG